AUUUUAUUUUGUUAUUAAAAAGAAAGAUUGAUUUGUAAAUUAAUUGUUGGAUAAUAGAGAUGUUUGGAGCAUAGUAAGGAGUCCACGGUUGUUAAUGAAUGGGAAGCCGAAAUGCAUGCGACAUGUGUUGCAUGGGGUUGGCAAAAACAGUAUCUAUGAAGUCCAAAAGAAUCGGAAGCAAGGAAAGGAGAAGGACGUGAUCUAUUCUUAGAAUCCGACGGCAUUUGUGGCAAAUAACACCUUCAUUCUGACGCACUAACAAAGUUUGCCUUUCCCCACAGAACAACCUUAACCUCCACGAGCGGCGGUCCAUUAUUCCUCCAAGCACCCAAUGGCCGCUGUUCGCGUCCUCUUCUGCUUCCUCUUGUUGGUUUUGUUCUCCCUCUCUUCCGCCAGCGAAACCCAAUCCCUCCUCCGCCUCAAGCAGUCCCUCACCAACGCCGACACCGCCCUCUCCUCCUGGAUCCCCAACGUCUCCCCCUGCUCCGGCACAUGGACCGGCGUCGUCUGCUUCAACAACGUCGUAACGGGUCUCCACCUCUCCCACCUGGGCCUCUCCGGCCCAAUCGACGUCCAAGCCCUCUCCGAGAUCCAGGGCCUCCGCACCCUCAGCUUCGUCAACAACUCCUUCACCGGCCCAAUCCCCGAGUUCCACAAACUCGGCGCCAUCAAGUCCCUCCUCCUAACCCAAAACCAAUUCUCCGGCCCCAUCCACUCCGACUACUUCAACUCAUUAAACUCCCUCAAGAAAAUAUGGCUCUCCGCAAACAACUUCUCCGGCGAGAUCCCCCAUUCCCUAACCGAACUCGACCUCCUCAAAGAGCUCCACCUCGAAAACAACGCCUUCACGGGCCCAGUCCCCAACUUCCCGCAGGACCUCAAAUCGUUGGACCUCUCCAAUAACAACCUCCAAGGCCCAAUCCCGGGGAGCCUCGCCAAAUUCAACGCCGCCUCGUUCGUGGGAAACGCGGCCCUCUGCGGGAAGCCGUUAGACAAACCCUGCGACGCUUCCUCUUCCUAUCCGCUCCCGGGGAGAGCGAACGCCGCCGAGGACGGCUACGGCUACGGCUCCGGCUGGGCGAAGAAGGUCAUCAUUGUGCUGCUGGUGGCGGUGGUCGCCGCGGUGCUGUUUCUUUUCACCACGUCGCGGCGGCGGAGGGAGGACGGGGAUUUCCGCGCGGUGAGAAGGAGCAGCAGCGCGGAGGAGGUGGUGGAGGUGCAGGUGCCGAGCGUGAGAGGGGAGAGGAAGGGGGAGCCUCCGAAGAGGGCGGACAUCGUGAUGGUGAACGACGAGAGGGGCGUGUUCGGGUUACAGGAUCUGAUGAAGGCGGCGGCGGAGGUGCUCGGGAACGGUGGCCUGGGGUCGGCGUACAAGGCGGCGAUGACGAGUGGGUUGUGCGUGGUGGUGAAGAGGAUGAGGGAGAUGAAUAAGAUCGGGAAGGACGUGUUUGACGCUGAGAUGAGGCAGUUUGGGAGGAUACGACACCGUAACGUGCUCACGCCUCUCGCUUACCAUUACCGCAGGGAGGAGAAGCUCAUCAUCGCCGAGUACAUGCCCAAAGGAAGCUUGUUCUACGUCCUGCAUGGUGAUAGAGGAACAUCUCAUUCCGAACUCAACUGGCCUACCCGUUUGAAGAUAGUUAAGGGAAUUGCAAGAGGCUUGGGCUUCCUCUACACUGAAUUUUCCACCUACGACCUGCCUCAUGGGAACCUCAAGUCUAGCAAUGUUCUACUAAGCGAGGAUUACGAGCCUCUCUUGAGUGACUACGCCUUUCAACCACUAAUCAACCCUAGCGUUGCUGUGCAGACAUUGUUUGCCUUCAAAUCCCCGGAUUAUGUGCAAAACCAGAAGGUUUCACAGAAGACUGAUGUCUAUUGCCUUGGAAUCAUCAUUCUCGAAAUCGUCACGGGGAAGUUCCCUGCUCAAUAUCACAGCAACGGCAAGGGUGGCACCGAUGUUGUGCAAAUGGUCUCCACUGCAAUUUCUGAGAAUAGAGAAGCUGAGGUGAUUGAUCCCGAGUUGGAAAACAACACAAGUUCGCGCAAGAACAUGCUGCAACUUCUCCAUAUUGGGGCUGAUUGCACCCAAAGCGACCCCGGAGAAAGACUAAAAAUGAAGGAAGCUAUUACAAGGAUAGAGGAGGUACGGGUUUAAAGAUUAAGUCAAUGAGCUAGCUUAGUUCAAGUUUCUUUCGCAGGCCUUGGAAUGGACAUAUUCUUGAUCCAACGCUUGGCCAUUUUCAUUGAUGAUCUUUUGAGAACAAAGUAGUGAGCACUAAGCAGUCAUUUUGUGCGAGAAAACACAGCAGAGAAGAAUGGAGGAUAUAUAGAACGGUAGAAGGGGAGAAAGAUUGGAUAGCUUCAUAAACCAGUUUGGUUUGUGAGAAUGGUAUUAUGUUGUUUUUGGAACUUGAUUGCUUGGAGCGUUUCUCAUACUUUAAUUUUGUCCUUUAGAAAGGGAAAAAUGUCGAAAGUACAAGCUUUAGCCUCUUCAUGCUGAUAGCGGCCCUCGCAAGGAUAUGCAACUCAUGAAAGAAAACCGUUGUAGGACAGCAUCCCUUAAAUUUGUGAAGAAUUAAAUUUUAGUGGUGAAAAGAUAAUACAAGGGCUUUUUUUUUCUUCUAGUUUUCGUCUUACUAUGCCUAUCAUACACAGGAGAUUGUUUCUAUUUUCUAACUCACUCCAUUCCCCGUUCAACAUGUAAAACUAUUAUUGUAUAUAUAUUAGUCAUCAAUAUCAGUCUUAAACAGGAGACUGCUUUAUGAAA